UUUCCCCAAAGGUCUACGCCUCGGGCCUCUCCCAGCUCCGGGCGGACUUACCCAUUUCCCCCCACCGGCUGCGGACCGGGCCGCCCCGCCCUCCCAAGGGGAAACACUUGACCGCGACUUCAGUUUUCUGUUGCACUAAGUGCAUUUUCCCCCUUCUGACCUUUUAUUCUUCUCGUGGGCUCUCCUCGCCAUCCUCCGCUUCUAGAGGAGCACAGAUUGCCGGUCCCCUUGCGGGUCCCGCGCGGCUCCUGCGUGCUCUCGGCUCUUUCGGUGCUGCAGGCAGCGGGUCAGCAGGAGGCAGCGCCCAGCGCCUGGGUCUCCUCUCGGCUGACUCCGCGGCUGACUCGCGGAGAGCGAGGGACGUGUGCCUGCCUCCCCGCCAGGCUGCCCGUUUCGGAGAAGACUCGGUCUGGCAGCACAGAGCGCUGAGUUCUGCACCUAACCGAGCUCAGAGUCCAAAAAAGGAAGUAUUCUGGAUGGAUGGCUAUUGGAAACCUACUGUCAUAACCAGCUCUUCUUCAACACUUAAGCAUUUACCCUGGCAUUGAGUAAUGAGAAUUUCGAAACCAUAUUUGAGAAGUACUUCCAUCCAGUGCUACUUGUGUUUACUUCUGAACAGCCAUUUUUUAACUGAAGCUUGCAUUCAUGUCUUCAUUUGGGGCUGUAUCAGUGCAGCUCUUCCUGAAACACAGACAAACUGGCAGAAUGUAAUAGAUGAUUUGAAAAUAAUUGACGAUAUUAUUCAAUCCAUACAUAUUGAUGCCACUUUGUAUACUGAAAGUGAUGUUCAUCCCAAUUGCAAAGUAACAGCGAUGAAGUGCUUUCUCCUGGAGUUACAUGUUAUUUCAGUUGAGUCCAAAAAUGAGACCAUUCAGAAAACAGUAGAAAACAUUAAUAUCCUAGCAAACAGCGGUUUACCUUCCAAUGGAAAUAUAACUGAAAAGGGAUGCAAAGAAUGCGAGGAACUGGAGGAAAAAAACAUUGAAGAGUUUCUGCAGAGUUUUGUGCAUAUUGUACAAAUGUUCAUCAACUCGUGAUUGUCAUCGAUCCCCUUCAGCAUGUCUGCUGAUAACAAACAUCUUCCCGCGGUUAAGAGGUGGUGAAACUCCGCAUUUUACAUGUGCUGCCCAGACAGAUUUUUUUUUAAACAAGAGGACGAUCUGGAAUCUUGGAUUGCACAAACUCUUAGGAAUGAAGGCAGAAAAAUGUCAUUGAGUAACAUGGAGUCUAUGAACUGUCUUUGUCCAUUAUUUCAUUCAUUUAUUCUUAAUUUAUUAUUGAAAUUGUACAUAUUUGUAGCAUAAUAUGAAGUAUUGAAUAAAGUUGUGCAUAUACUUUAUCCUUCAAAACUGCACUGAUGUUCACCUCCUAUAACAAAAUAGGGGACAUUCUUUCAAGGGCAAUAGUCACGUUGCGCAAGUGGUGGGGCUGAGCACCCCGGGGGCAAGGAAGCUGUCCGUUCAGCCAGCGUGGGACCACUGACCACCAGCCGUCACUCACUGCUCCGUUAGGUGAAGCACAAGCACAAGGAGGAAGAAUUGACUACCAAUGAGAAAGGAGGAAGAGAUGUCAAACCGGUGUUUCACUCUGUGAUUUAGUUAUGGAUAUAUAAAGCACCUGUUCUAAAAGACAGACAGUGCAUGUACCUGGCAGGUAAUGUGCGCCAGUAAAUCUUAAGUGGGAGUGGCAAUAAUAAAGCUCCGCUGAUAGGCAGAAUCAUGUGUAGGAAACUAAUGGUUGUAAUGAUGUUUAUACUCCCUGCUUUCCUAAGUGCGGGUAUUUUAUUUUCACACUUUUUUGCCGUGCGUGUAUAGUAAAAAAUCUACUGGCUUGUUAGAGCCAAUGUUAUCUGACAUAAAGUAAUUGUUUAUAUAUUUUUGCAAUAUGCUGUCUGAAAUUUGCUAAGUCUUUUUUAAUAAAAUUAUGACUAAAAUGAAA